AUCCAUCCAUCCAUCCAUCCAUCCAUCCAUCAUGUCUCUUGGAACUAUCUCCUCUUAUCCCGGCAAUCCUCGCACUGCUAAGGCUCAAAUUGCUGCUGCUUACAAUGGUUUGACCAUCGAACAAAAGGACUUUGACCUUCACAAGGACCGUGAUGAAGCUUUCUAUGCUAAGUUCCCCUUGGGUAAGGUACCUGUUUUUGAAAGUGCUGAAGUCAACUUGUUCGAAUCCUCUGCCUUUGGUUACUAUGCUGCUCUCCAAAAGGAAGAUUCCACUCUUCUUGGUACCACUGCUGCUGAAAAAGCUCAAGUUCUUCAAUUUGUUCUCUUUGCUGAAAAUGAAAUCAGUGCUCACCUCGGUGCCUGGAUCUAUCCUCUCAUGGGUUACUAUCCUUACCUCAAGCCUGCUCAUGAUGCUGCUAUCGAAAAGGCCAAGCGUGGUUUGGAUGCUUUGAACAAGAUCUUGUUGACCAAGACCUACCUUGUUGGUGAAGAUGUUACCUAUGCUGAUAUUGCUGUUGUCACUGCCUUAGUUAUUGGUUUCAAGACCGUGUUUGACAAGUCCAUCCGCUCUGAAUACAAGAAUGUCACUCGUUAUUUCACUACCCUUGUUGCCAAGAAGCAUUUCAAGGAAUUCCUUGGUGAUAUUGAAUUGUGUGAAACUCCCUUGAAGUAUACUCCUCCUAAGAAGGAAAAGAAGGAAACUAAGAAGCAAGAAACUCCCAAGAAGGAAAAGAAGGCUGCUGCUCCUGCUGCUGAUGAUGAAGAACCUGCCAAGCCUGCUCCUAAGCCCAAGUCCAAGUUGGAUCUUUUGCCCCCCUCCAAGUUUAUCAUGGAUGAAUGGAAGCGUAUGUAUUCUAACAACGACUCUGAUGUCGCUAUGAAGUGGUUCUGGGAACAUCAUGAUCCUGAAGGUUACUCUCUCUGGAAGGUUGAUUACAAGUACAAUGAUGAACUCACCUUGGUCUUCAUGUCUAACAACUUGAUCGGUGGUUUCUUCGCUCGUUUGGAAAUGGCCAGAAAGUAUGCCUUUGGUUCUUUGGUGGUGUGCGGUGAAAACAAUAACAACACUAUCUCUGGUUACUUCCUUAUCCGUGGUCAAGAAGUGCCUUUCGAAGUGUACGAUGCUGCCGAUUUCGGUUCUUACAACUUUGUUAAGAUUGAACCCUCCCAAUACGAAGAAAAGAAGGAAGAAAUCUACAAGUACAUGGCCUGGGAAGUCGAAGGUUUCGCUGAUGGCAAGAUCUUCAAGUAAACAACCGGAUAUAUUCUUUUGACUUCUCCUCCUAUCGUUUAGAUUAGACU